AGUAUACAAUAACAAAUUGUGAAAACGAAAAUAGACCAUAUAAAAGCAUAGCUAUUUGGAAAAUAUUUAAUAGUUUUAGCGAAUGAAUAAUUACAUUUAGUAGAUUCAUAAACCUUGGAAUGUAAGAAAAUAAUAAUAUAAAAAAAUGUAAAUAGUUUUGUAACAAAUGAAUCAAAUAAGCAUGUAAAUGAAAUUCUUGUUUCUUUAAAAAAAGGAAAUCAUAAAUUAUCUGUUAUUUAAUUCGAUAUUAAUAAUUCUGAAGUUUUUACAGAAAAAUAUUAAAUUAAUAUUUCAGAAACUCCUUUUACUAUGGCUUUUACAGGAAAUUUGAUUUAUUACGGGAUUUAAAAAAAAGAAUAUUAAUAUAUUAACUUAAAGUAAGGACUUAAUUCGGUGGUUUUAGACUGUUUAUAAGCUCCUACUAAUCCUCUAAUAAAAGUUACAGACAGAGAUGAAUUAUUUGCUUUGACAGUUCCUUACAAUGUUGGUAUAUUUAUUGGGAAAGAUGGACAAGUAAAAAUGAAGAGUUCAAUUACAGAAAUUUAAAAUAAGCCUUGUAUUUAAGCUUUAUCUUAGAAGCCAUACUUACUUUUGCUUUAUGAAGGAAUGCUACAAAUAUAUAAUAUGAUAGACUCUAGAAAAAUACAGGAAUUCUAAAUAAAUAUAAAAGCAGUUAAUAUUGCUAAUAAUCUUCUUUUUAUUGCUACAAGUAGUUAGUAAGUUUAUUUAUUUGAAGAAGUUCCAUAUGAUUAAAGAAUAGCUGAUUGUUUAAAGCAAGGUAGAAUAUAAGAAGCUUAGUUAGUCUUUGAAUAAUAGGUAACAAAAGAUGAUCCUUUAUUUAAAGAAAAAUAAGAUAAACUAAACGUCGAUGCUGGUUGGAGUUUACUUUUACAAUUAAACUUUAAGGAAGCUUAAGAAAAAUUUAUCAAAAGCGAAUUUGAUAUUAGAGAAUUAGUUGCCCUUUUUAAAGGUUGCGUCCCUAUAAUGAUGAGUGAUAAAAUAAAGUCAACCAAAAGUUUUAGGGCUUUAAUUGAAAGUUGGGGAAGGGUUGAAGAUAAGGCGAAAUUCGAUUAAUUGGAAAAAGAAGGAAUUUAAAUGGGAAUUUCUGUUUUGGAAGAAAAAAGGAGCAGGUAUAAUGUACCAUAAUUAAAAGAAAAAAUUAAGGAAAAAUAAAAAUUUGCUUAUUCUUAAUUUUCACCUAAUAAAUAGGAAAAAGAAAAUGAAUUAACAUUGCAAAACGUACUAGAGUUAAUUGAUUUUUGUCUUAUUAAAUUGUAUAUUGAUUAUAAAAAGUUUAACUAACUAAUUGAUAUUUUUAAUAGUGAAAGACCGGUUCAUUGUAAAGGAUUCUUUAUGGAUCUUAAUGAUGUGAUUAAUAAAGAUUAGGAAAUAGUUAGUAACUAUCCUUAAAUUAUUGCUGCAUUUUAUGCUAAAUUUGAUAGAAUUCAUGAAGCGCUUGAAAAAUGGAAAGAAAUAGGUCAAUCAGAUUAGCCUAAAUAAGUAGAAAUGGCAUGUACAGAAUCAAUUAAAAUACUUUAAAAAUGUGAAGAAAGGUAUAUAUUUUUAUAAAAAUAAUAUUUUAAAAAAAAAAGUAAAACUAUUUUAGAAUAUUUAACAUGGAUAUUAAGAAAAAAUCCUGUUCAUGCAAAAACACUAUUUUAGAAUGUUUCUGAAAAUAUUCUAUCUCCAGAUAUAGUUUUAUUAUACAUAAGUGAUCGAGUUUAUAGCAAAAACGAGCAAUCCUAAGCUGAAAGAUUAAAAGAGUAAUAUUUAGAAAUCCUAGUAAAUGAAAGAAAAAUAGAAGAAAGAAGAUUCCACACCUAAUUAGGUACUAUGUAUAUAGAAACUCUUUUUAAAUCUAUCCCUUAUGAAACAAAAACUAUACAGGCUAAAACAUAAUUGACUAGCAAUGAAUAAAUAUCUAAAGUUUACAAAUAAUUAAAUAAGUUUUUGAAGGAUUCUAAUGCUAAGUAUUCAGCUAAUGUUUUGCUGGAAAAAGUUAAGGAUAGUUGGCUUAUUUAGGAGGAAAUUUAUUUAUAUGGAAAGGAAAAAAGACAUGAUGAAGCACUUUAAAAAUUAGUAAUUUUGAAAGAGUUCGAAUGGGCUGAGGAAUAUUGCGCAGGUCAUACCGAUAAAUUACUAACAAAAUUGUUUUCAAUAUAUCUUAAAUAUUUAAAACAGUUAAAAGAAAGAGCAAAUAAAGAAGGAGAUCCUGACAAAUAUAAAUAUAUAGAGUUAAAAUCAACAUUUGAAAAUAUGUUGAACCUUUUUAUUAAAAAAUAUGCUACUCAUCCUUAAUUAGAUUCACUUACUGUUUUGAAUAGCAUUCCUGAUGAUUGGAUUUUAUGUGAGGAUUCUUAGAAAAAUGAAGACGGAUUAUAUAGUUGUUUAACUUAAAUUAUUUCUCAUUCUUUACAUUAAAGAAGGUAAAUGAAAGUCGCUAAAAAUUUAAGUGAUAUGGAUACUUAGAAUGUUAUAUGUGAUUUAAUUAAAGCUAAAUAAGCUUAUGUAAGGAUUACAGAUGAAAAGAAAUGUAUUGUCUGCCAUAAAUCUAUUGGGGAUAAAAAUAUAUGCGUAUAUCCUAACGGAGUAGUUGUGGAUUAUAAGUGUGUUAAUAAUGGAUAGUCGUUAUGUGUAUGUCCUUAAACAGGAUAGGAUUUCGAAAAAACAUUUAGAGGAUGA